AUGACACAUAAACAUGAAGGAGAGGUAACGAUUCCAUAUGAAUUGUACCAAAAGACAGUAGAUGAAGUACAACAAAUCAAAACAAAGCAUCUCAUCACCUAUACAUCAUAUGCUGGUAUAGCAGAGUUUAACGAGAUCAAUCUACAAGUAGAACUUCAUAUUAGAGUAUUCCAAUCAGAGAGAUGUGCUGUCCCAUUGAUGGGUCAAAAGGCAACCAUGAUCGAUUCAACUAUCACCUUUGUCGAUCCAACCAAAGGUGUAUCUGUUGAUGGUGACACUGUCAAUGCCUGUAUCAUUACCUCUCAAAAUUACUAUCAUCUCUAUACAUCUACUCCAGGUAGAUAUAUUGUAAAGGUUACUCUUUCAGUACCUUAUUUAACCUCUAAAAAGACUGGUAUGGAAUUAAUGAUUCCUCAAUCAUCAAAUAAUAAUAUAUCAUUUAGAGUACCACAAUCAAAUGCAAAUAUAAAGAUAUUUAAUUCAUUCCCAGAUAUUGAAUCAACUGAGGAAUAUGAAAAGAAGAGUGGCAAAGAAACCAAUAAUCAAUACACUAUGAUAUUCUCUAAAUUGCCACAAGAAACUCUUCUUCGUGUUCAAUGGACAUUCAAAUCCGAAACACAAGUUCCAAACAACAACAACAAUAAUAACCUUGUCACUAAUAUUGUAAAGACUAAACCAAAUGUUAAUGUUCUUCAAAAUACUCUUGGUUCAAUUGGUGAAGGUUUAUUAAUUUUAAAAUCAACUUUUAAUUAUAGAAUUGUAAGUGGAACAUUAUCAGUAUUUAAUAUAACAAUUGAAAAGAAUGUAAAUAUUAUAUCUGUUGAUGGUGAAGCUAUAAAGAAAUGGGAGGUUGUUGAUAUUGAAAAGCCAGAAUCUUCAACACAACCACGUAUGCUUCAAGUACAUCUUGAUUAUGGUGUUGAAAACAACUAUGAACUUUCAAUCUCUGCCGAGUACAAUAUGCGUGAUACAUCGGCUGAAGUUCGUAUCCCAAUCAUGGUAUGCAAGGGUGAAGAAAUCUCUAGACAACGUGGUUUCCUUGCCAUCGAAGCACGUACCAAUGUUGAAAUUUCAGAGAUUGGAUGUCUUGCCGCCGACGUUAUCGACGUUCAAGAGCUUCCCAUCCAAUUGUCUCGUUUGGCCACACAUCCAAUCCUCCUCGGUUACAAAUACCUCGAUCCAACAUUUGAGCUUGUACUAAAGGUCAAAAAGAACUUGGAUGUCCCAGUAUUGGUGUCGAUUUGUGAAGCUUCCCAUUUCAUCUCUACAGUCUCUGACACUGGUCGUGUCAUUCAUCAAAUGGUGCUUCUCAUCAAAAACACUCAAAAGCAAUUCCUCCGUAUCCAACUGCCCUUUGAAUAUGACCUUUGGAGUACGCUGAUGGAUGGGACCCCUAUACGACCCAGCUGCAUCAACAAUGACAAUGAGAGCUCACCAAUUCUGUUGGUUCCUCUUUUAAAGCCCGCUGGCGCAAAGUCACUCCACAGCGACUCGACAUCCGUCCAAAUCGAAGUCGUACUGUUGGAAAAGAAUAUCAGACCGAUUGCAAAGAGCUCAUCCAUGACAUUUACAAUGCCACGUGUCGAUCUCCCACUUAGAUCCGUCUCGUUUACUCUCUACCUUCCCCAAAAAUUCAUGACCAAAAACUUUGAAGGCAACCUCAAAAAGGUCACCUACUAUAGUCAAACCCCUCCAGCUCCCAUUCUAAAGGACGCUUCGCAUACCAGCAACAAUAGCAACAACAACAACAAUGCCUAUGGAGGUAAAAGAGGAAGAGGAGGUUAUAGUGAUGAUGAUGACGAAGAAGAUGAAGACUUUGGUGGUGCCACCCAAAUCAACUCAUUGCUCAAAAGAAAUGAAAGUAUGGAUUCCUUUGAGUAUAAUAGCAAGGGUUCGUCUCUCUCCUUUAGCAAAAAGAGUAAGGCCCCCGCCAGAAAGGGCGCAGGUCUCAUCCCGGUCAGAGUCGAGAUGCCAACUACAACCAACCAAGUAAUGUUUGAACAAAUUCUUCUUUCAGGUGAUAAUGAUCUCACUGUCUCUUUUGAUUAUAAACAAUAUGAACAAAAGGUUGUAAGAUAA